UUUACAUUGUAGCCUUGACCUCAGACUGUUUUCGAUAUGGACUUAAUGCACUUUGAAAGAUGGAUUCUCAAGUGUUUAUGCCCUAGAAAAGUGUGACAUGUAAACUACAUAAGUAACUAUGCUUCCAGAAUGAUUGUAUUGUGGUUUUAUGUUGUCAUUCAGUUGACCAUUAUACAUGGAGAAUAUGUAGAGAGAAUAAUCGAUGGCCAACUGAAACGUUGUAUUCCUUUCUAUAACUGUCCCCCUGGAAAUGAAAUAUUGCCAUGUAUAGAAGAAUUUACCAAAGAACAGUGUCAGCCAUGCUAUAGUAAUGGGUCAGAAUCACCAGAAUCUAAAUUUGUACAACCUAAUUACAUUUCCUCUGUUGAUGGAACCAUAGAUCAACUGAAAUGUUUUAAACCUCUACAACAAACCAAUUUGAGGUUUGCUAGAUGUACUGGACAUGAUCAAGUGUAUUCCAAGACCCUGAAUAAAGGAGCGGCAUGUAUAUCUGGACAGGGAUGCAAAUGUAAAUUAGACGCUUGUUUCUAUGGUGAUCCAUGUCUUUGUGAUAACUUUUCACAUAAGAAAAGUGAAAAGUGCCGCCCAGACUUCCAUCUGGAUAAUUCUGGAAAAUGUGUUCCAUGUCCACCUGGAUAUAAAAAGGAAGCCAUUGGAUGUGGUCCCUGUCUCAGGGUACCAGGAAACAAUACCAUUAUAAAGCCUUCACCAUACCCUGAGACCACCACUGCAAGCAGUGCAAUACAGACAUACCAGCCAAAACCACCAGUUAUUGAAACCACUACUACUACAACAACAAGUACUUUAGCAACAGUCAUUGUGUCCAAACCUGGGCCGAGAGGGGGUGGUGACAACUCAACCACGCCAACGAUAAUUGGUAUAGUGGUUGGUAUUAUCCUACUGGUAAUUAUUGCAGUAGUAAUUUGUUUUCUAUACAAAAAGAAAAAAUUUGAAAAGAUAAAAGCUAUGUGCCAUGGGAACAGAAGAAAUGUGGAAGAUCAAGUAGUAGUUAAUCAUGAAGAGGAAAUGCAACCUUUGAACAGAAAUGUAAAUUUCAAUGAUUUAGGUCCAGAACAGCAGGAUAAUAUAAAUAAUAUAAGACAUAUGGAUGUCAUAGAACGAAAUAUUAGUCAUGUUAGUGUGACGGAUAAACCUGAAAAUAACAACUUAGCAAGGGUUGACAGUGAAUGUCCAAGUGUGAGAUUUAACUCAGGUAGUACUGUGUCUAUAAAUAGACAACUGUCAAACAUUACUGUGACAGACAGAAUAAAUAGUACUGCUUCAGAAAGUAGUCCUUUAAUACAAGAAGAAAGAUUAAAUUCAAACUCUCAAUGUGUAAAUCAUGCAAACUCUGUGCCUGAUAGACAAGUAUUUCCUCAUGGUGAAUUUAUUAUUAACCGUCAAGGAUUAAAUCGUUCUGAAUCUGUUCCUCAGCAGGUCUCAUGCGAGGAGGAUGGAGAUAUGUGUAUUAAUAUAGGAAAUUCACCAGUUCACAGUCCUACAAGUCAGUUAUUGCCUUCACCUACACGUUACCCAUAUUUGGACAAUGGGGGCGGUGCUUGUAUUCCACUGCCAGACUUUGAUAAUAUACAAUCAUCUAGUCCAGUCAUGAACACUGAACUUCCCAAUAUAGCAGAAUUUAAACGUUCAUUAAGUAAAGAUUCAGAAUCAUCAGUAGAUAAUAUUAACAGCACUUCUCCCUAUAGUUCUAUUCCAGAAGAAACUGGUAAAGAAAUACAAGAAGAAGUGACUGCUGAGUCCAAUCCUAGUACUACAAUGUUAGAACCACCACACAUGAGUGAUGUCAGAGACUAUAAUGAUUGUCAUAAUCUAUCUCAUGUCACAGACAUACCACAAGCGAGUGAUAUUACAAAUCAAAUAGACAGUAGAUUAGAACAGUAUAAUCAUACAGUGACAGGUGUUGAUGAGGAUUCUGUGUGUAGUAUACAACGACUGCCGUCAGAACAUGAGGAAGAGACGGCAAAGAAGAAUGAUUUAGAGAGCAAUUUAGAUUCAGGAAUGGCGUCAAAACUCGGUGAUUCUGAUCUGUCUUCUAAAUCAGACUGCUCAUAGCAAUAUAGUAAUAUGUUGUAUUUUAAUUGGAUUAAUUACUCUUAUUUUAGUGUGUAUAUACAUGUUAAUUAUUGAUUAUCAAGUAACGGAUAAACUUCUGUGUUUUAAGCUGUUUUAUUGAUAUUUUUGUUGUGUGAAACAUUAACAAUUUUAUAAAAUUUUAAAUAUGUUUUUCAGAAAGAAAAAAUGUUUAAAGAUUUUUUUUCUGAACCCCACUCUGGCAUAUAUUUAUUGGUUAGUUUUAAUGAAUGUAUUUUAAAUUUAUUUUUAAAUAUUUGCAUUUUAAGACCCCAAAUAAGUCUUUCUUGAAGAGCCUUAAGCACAGAUUUAAAUGGUCAUUAAAAAGUAGUGGUAUUGGUUUUGAAUUUUUUAUUGAAUUGUAUUUAUAUAUUUAUAUAUAUCUGACUAAAUUUAAUAGUAAGUAAAAUUCUUUGUACAAAGUUAUCUUUCAUAUUGUAGUUGCACUAAAAAAGCAUAUGUUACCUUAAUAGAAAACAGUAAUUACCCUAUACUGUUACCAUCAGAGAUAUGUAAUAAAAUUGAGAAUGGAAAUGGGGAAUGUGUCAAAGAGACAACAACCCGACCAUAGAGCAGACAACAGCCGAAGACCACCAAUGGGUCUUCAAUGCAGCGAGAAACUCCCGCACCCGGAGGCGUCCUUCAGCUGGCCCCUAAACAAAUAUGUAUAAAGAUUGUUUUCAACAUGGUUACUUUACGGGAAGGGUUUUGCUCAUCGUUGAAGGCCAUAAAGUGCUUCAUAGUUUUUAAAUCUUUAUCCUUUGAUCUCUGGUGGAUAGUUGUCUCGUUGAAAUUCAUUCCAUAUCUCUAUAUAUUCAAUACAUCAGGAGAGCCCUGCUAAACAGAUAUACUGAAUAUUUACUCAAUUCAUUUCUUAUUAAAGGGACUUAAAUCAUACCAACAUUUUAAUCCGUGUCACAUCAAUGAUUUGUAUAAUUUCUUAUUUGCAUAAUUUCCUUGUAUAAAUAGUUGACUCUCAUUGUCUCAGUUUGAAUAUCAAAAAGACCUAAAAUAUGUCACUGUCAUCUCAAAUUUCUUGAUAAAUAGGAAUAAACUUAAAACGAUGGCUUUUUAAUUCAGUAAGUUAAGCAUUUGACGAAUCAUGUGUCAGGUUGAAUUUGGUGCUAGAUAAACUUUGUAUUUAACAUUAUUAUCAGUCAUUUUAAAUGUUUGCUAAAGUUGUCUGUGAUGUUCACUAAUAGAAAUCAUGUAGCUGUACAGUUCAGACUGUUGAAAAAAAGAUUCUUUUAUUAAAAACAAAAUAUUUGCUAGUAUGCAAAUUUUCAUUGAUUUGUUGCCAAUACCAUACAACUUAAAGGUAAACUGAAUCAUGCUUCAAUUGUUGGAUCACAGUAAACUGUUACCUCAAUAUAUUCAGGAAAUUAUCUUAAUUGUCUCUACCCGUUAUCUUUUCAUAUUGAUAUUAGAAGAAAAGAUAAUAUAUAAAGACCUUACAUAAAAAAUUAAAGAUAAUUAUACAUUAACAACUUCCAAUGAAACUAUAGAUUAACAAAAAAUAACAAUCAUAAAAUUUUAGCACAAGAAUUUUGAAUGUAUAUAUAUUCAAAUAUAGGCCAAUACGUGUCUUAAAGAAUGUAUGUUAAGCAGAAUUAAUGAACAAGUUUUCGUUGCAAAAACUGUCAAUAACAACUGAAAUAGUUUAGUUAAUACUUUAAAGUUGCUAUGGAAACAAUUUUUACAUGUGUUUUUAUGAUCAAAAAAUAAAUUGCAUUUCAGUAAUUAGUAAAAUGUUUUGAAUUUUGAAAUUUAUAGUUUUUGUAAAAAAAAAAUUGUAAUCAUACUACUGCAAGGUUGUAGAUUUAUUUAUUACCCAGCAUACUGUACUGAUAAACUUAUGUAUGGUUAAAUAUCAUUUACCUUUUAACUAGUUACUUAUUAUGUAAGUUUAUUAGGUGUUUUAAUUUUCAGUGAUGGUGCAAAUUUAUGUUGUCUGGUAAUUGUAGAUGAUAGUUCAGUAUUUAGAUGUUCUGUCUCUGUGCAGUUUAUUAUAUUUUAGGCUGUAGUUUGUUAGUUUCAAUAUUGUUCAAGAUCUAUAUUGGCAUGUUAUUGUUUUUUUAGGAUGUAUAUGUAAGUAUGCAACACAAAGGUUAAGACCAUGCCAUAAUCACAUUUGUCGUUAUAAUCAAAGUUUUAUAGCAUGUCCUAAUCAUAUUUGUCAUUUUGAAAAACUGAUACCGUUAAUGUUAUUGAACUAAAGUUUCAUAGAAAAACCCUAAACAAUAAUUUGAUAUAAACAAGACUUAGGUCUGAUACUUAUGGAUGAAAAUUAAUGAAAAGAAAAAUCUUAAAUCCAUGUAAUCAUUGGAAACCCUUUAAAGGUCUUGAUCAGAGUUUUUUUUGGUAAAGAAAUUUCAUACCCAAACAGUUUUUAGUCAGGUAAUUCAAAGGUAGUUUUUUUCAGGUAAUUCAAAGGUAGUUUUUUGUCAAGUAAUUCAGAGGUUGUAUCAGCAGUGUUGGUCAUCACUACCGUAGAAAGGCUUGUAUAGUCAGCGGUUUUAUUCUCCAAAAUUGGACCUUCCAGACGGGGUGCGGACUAUAGAGUGCAAUAAGCAAGAAAUAAGAGAAAAGUUUCAAUUUCGCGGGCGAGGUGGUUUGUUUACUUUCCGCCAUCUUUGUUAUUUAUAUUGUAGAGGGCGCUCUUAUCAUUUUUCAAACUAAUAAUUUUAACUCAUCCAUAUUAAUAAGUUAUUUCUAUUCAAUAUCAAAUUAAUACUGAUAAAUAUAAAAACUAAACCUUUCAUUACAAAUUUCUCGUUUCUUUUCAAUGCAUUGGUUGAAAUAAACUGGUAUCUGCUUGAUUGAAACGAUACAAACAUAGUGAAAAAGACAACCGUAAACCAGCUUAGAAUUUGUAAACUACAAAACGUAAUCGGUUAUUGUUCGUUUCGUUUUGGUGUUUCAUACUGACUAAUAUGGUUUGUAUUAGCUUAAGGCCCUUCAAACAUUAAUGUGAUAGAUAUAUUAAAGACUGUUUUACAAAAGGAUGGAACUGUUUUACUUUCAAAGUCGUAUUAUAGUGAUAUCUGUUAUGUACAGAUUUAGACUCACACCGGUUAGUUUCUUCUUUUACACGUGCUUUUUAUACUUCCUGUUUAAACAUACACAAGUUUCUAAAUUGUUUUUUAAGUGAAUUAAACUUAUUUUAACAAUCAUGAAUCGUUCUAGAAUCAUUUACAAGCAGUUUCAGCUUCUGUUUGAUGAUGGAAAACAGGUUUUUCCAAGAAAAUACAGCAAACAACCGCACAGGAUUUGAAAUUACCGGAGUUUCAUUAGACCUUUUCUAACAGUUACAAAAAGUUUUUUUACCUAAAAUUUCGUGGGGAGAAGGGGGUGCGGACUAUGUACCAGUGCGAACUAUACAAGCCUUUCUACGGUAUAUAUUUACAACAACAGAAAGCAACAUUGAAUCUUAUACCCUUAUACCAUUAAUAAAAUUGUUAGAUUCUUAUACAAAUAAAUGUAGAAAGCUUUACUUGACUGUCCCAAUAGAUUCUCUUCUUUGUUUUGCAAGGUAGACCAAGAAUCCUAGUGUUUCACCCGUACCAUAGAUGUAUAUGUUGGUUUAGUCAUACAAAGGUAUUGUUGGUUUAAAAUGGUAUGACUGAUAACACCAAUUUUAAUAAUAUGGUUACGCCAAGUUUUUAGUGGUUAGCUUUUGUUAGCAGUAUGACAUUGGUUACGCCAAGAUAUUGGUGUUUUAAUUGUGAUAUUAUUACAAUAAAUGAUUGUUGGUAUUACAUGAAGAGUCCUAUCUCAGUAUUAGUGAUUUGACAUGGUAAUACAUGAUGCUCAACGUUUUCAGCAUUCUUUGUUUCUUUUAUAUGCAAAAUAUUCUGUAGCUUUAAUACACUUUCAGCUGUGAUAUCUGUUGUAUUGUCUUUAAAAUAUCUUUACUCAGACAGACUUGCUUUUUCUUUUAUUGAUCUUACUCUAUUUAAACCUUAUUGAUAUAUAUUUAUGGCAGUAAAAAAUUUUGGUGUUUUUUUUAGGGAGAUCUACAUCACAAACUUUCAGAUUUGAUCGAAUACAUAUGUAUAUCUACAACACAAAAUUGUAGAUUUGAGUAACCUUUCCAACAGACCAGUAUUGUACCUAUAUUUCCUAUAUUUUUCACACAUUUGUUACAAUGACAUAUUUUUGUUCUCAUGAAUUUUGAUUUGAUUUUGUUCAAUUCAUUUAAUGAUAUUUUUUUUUAAAAGUGCAAGUCUGGUCAAUAAAAAAUUAAUAGGAUAUGAAAUUAAACGUUCUGUCAUUUUCCCCAAGCUAUAAUUUUCAAUUUUUAGUUGAUUGAAAUUUCUGAAUUAUGCAACUUUAUCAUGGCAGCCUAAUAGUUUAAGCAACAGUUUGAUGCAACACAAAUUUAUGAAGACUUUAUGAUAUACUGGUACAUGUAUAAACCAAGAACAUUUAAACAUUUUGUUAGGUCGCUAGGCAACAUUGUCAAAAAUAUAUAUUUAUAGUUGUGAUAUGUGUGUCAGUAAUGUUUGUGUAUACUUGAAUGAUAUUAUAUUUUUGACAAGUUUUAUUAGAUUCACCGAAUGUGCCAGGAUUUUUACAAGUAUAUAUACACCCAUUCAUUUUACUCAUAUUAUAUACAAUGCAUAUAGACUUAUUCCAUUAAAUUCCUUUGUUAUAUAACCAUAUUUUAUUGCUGUGUAAUACAGUAUUUGGGGAUUAUUACAUCUGUGUGUAUUUGUCUUUCUAAAUCUAUAUAAAGACCACCCUGUACUGAAAAGCAAAAGAGUAGAUUUUGGUAUUUAUUGUUGUGUCAACUCUACAUAAUUUAUGAUGUGUAUUCUCUUGUAGCACCAAUUUUCUAAUUCUGUGAAGUGAUUUUUCUUGAGAGUUUAUAUUCACCAUUUCUAGAGCUAAAUGGUGGGAAGCUAUUUACACAAUUUUAUUAUAACUUGUUUUUCUUGUUUCUGAUUAUACUUAUUUCCUUAAAGAUUAAAUUGACCUAUGGGAAUAUGAUUAAAUUGACCUAUGGGAAUAUUUUCUUGAUUUAAAUCAAAUUCUGAAAAAGCGAAAAACCAACCCCUGGUAAAAAAUUUCUCACUAUAAAAUAAAUGUUAUUAUACAACAAGUAUUGUGCAACUAUAUCAUGGCAACCUAAUAAUUUUGCAAAUUAAAUAUUUUGUCUAUGCAACACGUUAAUGAUUGUUAUGUUGAAAUGUAAAUAUUCAUUUGUACUAAAUUUAUUGAGAUGUUAGAUUAUAAUGUUGAAAUUUUUAAAAGAGUUUAUAAAGUCUGUUAACUUUUUAAAUUUUCAUGCAAAUCAAAUGUAAAAGUAGUACUUAUAUAUCAGUUAAUUUUCAAGUGAUAAAGUGUGUAAAUUAAUAUUAAGGAUUUUGUCACACUUAUAUCAUACUUAAAUCAAAUCUGAACUAAAUAAGAAUAUAUGAAGCAAUAUGUUAGCAUGUGCCUUACAUAUCAUUAAUACAUAAUUUCAGUGAUAUAUAAUGCUAUCAGGUUUUAUUUACUAGUGAUCUUGCCAUUACAUAUUAAAUUGGCAUUACGCAAUAAACAUUUUUUGCAUUAGUGACUACAAAAAGUAAUUAGUUAAGUUUGAUAACUCUAUUAAAAACUCUACGUUUUAAGCAUUAGUGAUUUUGAUUUUAUUAUGUCUUAGAAAACAAUUAAUGAAAUAUUUGUUUACUGAGUUUUGUCAUUAGAUUAUUGAUAGUAUGUUAUAUCAAUGGUUUAUAUACAUGUAUACUGAGUGUAAUUUAGUGACAGAUAAUGACUGACUGUUUAACUUUUAUUGUGUAUUGUAAGGUUGCUGUCCUGUUGACAUUUAUCCUUUUAUUUGGGAGGGUCAAUAUGUUAACUAUACAGACUGACAAGUUCAGUUAAUGUUUUGAGUGAAUAAUAUUAUUUUUCUUUAUUUCUUAAAAGCUCAACCAGUAUUGCUAUAAUCAAACAUAUAUUUUAUAUAAGCGCAUGUAUAUAUUCACUGUAAAUAUUAUGUCUCUUCAAAGUUGAAUCGUGUAUAAAGUUAUCUUAGGUGUAAUAGUCAUUCAUGAAGUGCUGAAAGCUUUCCUUAUUGUAAAAAGUGCCAUGCUUGAGUGAAAUAAACCUCAUAUCUCAUACAUUUAUUUAACCCAUCUUUGCUCUUAACUUUCACUGUUUGGAGCAACAUUUCUGGGAUUACAAACAAGGCCUUCAAAGUACAGAGAAUAAUUCCCAGUAAUAUUAUUAUCCAUAUCUUUAAAAUGCUAACAAAUUUUCAAAAUGUUUUAUAUCUCUGUUCUAAAACAAUCUUUAAAACUUAAGAUUUAAUGAUACUAUUCUCAAUAUCCUGGAAAAUUGGCUUUUAAAAUUAUAUAUAAAUGUUUUUUUUCAAUUCUGUUCAUAUUACAAUAUUUUAAUCCAUUAUCAAAAGGUGAAGGCUAGCUAUGUAGAAAUAAUUCUAAUGAAAUAAGAAUCAAAUAAAAUGAGCAUAUCAUGACAUUAGAUUUCAAAAAAUUUUAAUUAUAAAUUUUCAUAUUUGUCAUUUAAUGACCACAUAUUUUUCUUAUCACAAUUUUAUUUCUGUCAUUUGAUGACAUAUCGUUACUAUAUUCACUAGGGCAGUUAUUGUUUUUACCUAAAAUUUAUUAAUAUUUAAAUUUUAUACUAUUUGUUAAGUGUAUCAGAUAGGAUUUUAAUGUAUAAAUUCAAUUUUAGCAAUAUUAUCAUUUUUUGUUUUAAAAUUGAUUAUUUGUAAUUCUUGGAUCUUAUUCGGUUAAUGAUAUGGAGUGAAGUUUUUGAUGAUUUUGUCUACCUUCCUAAGAAGGUAGCCUUCUCAUGUUAAAAUUUUAUCUCUGAAAUUGAAUUUAAAGCAUAUCUGCUUUUUUCAAAGGAUUGGGCAUUUGUUGCACUAGGAAUUUUUUAAAGUUACACAUUUGUAAACAACAAACUUGGUUGCAGUAACCUUCUUUGCUAAUAAAAAAAUCUGUGAAAGGUUUGAAAUUAGGCCUAUUCCAAAUAAGUUAUUUUGCCACCUUUGGGGUCAAUUAUAUUGCAGAUGUAUUUCAUUGGGUUGUCCGGAACAUAUUUUAGCAUUAGGUUUCAGGUAAAUAAUUCAGGGUGUGAGGCAUUUAAAAGUGCUUUUAAAAACCCAUAUAUUCCUUUUUGUCUAGAACAUCCCUUAAUCUAUUUUGAAUUUUUACUAUAAGUUGAAAAGCCAAUGAAGAUAACUAAUGAAUUUAAAAUAAUGAAAAGUUUCUAUUUUAAAACAUUGUGUGCAUUCUUUCAGAUUUUGAUGUAGCUUAUAUGAUUUAUGCUUUCAUUUAAAUGAAGUUUUCACCAUAUAUUUGAUGCAUUAAUAGAUUUUGGUAAAACACAAAGUGAUCGUUAUGUAUAAUGAAACCCUUGUUAUAUUCAGCUGUGUUCCUUCCUGUUUUGUCUUUUAUGUAUAGAUCCAUUUUAUUAACUUUAACCCUCAAAGGGGUCCUACUUAAAAUAAAUAAAAUAUACAUU